GCCUCUAAGCCUAGUCUAGUUGCACUUUCGUUUUCACAUUCACGACUCAGUGAACGACGCUUUUCCCCCUGGCAUUUUUGCCAUGUUGUUUCAACGCCUCUUUUUUCUCUUAAUCCAGAGCUAUUAAAUACCAUACUUGUAUUGACAAAGAUGGGUGUUGUUGGCCUAUGGGACAUUGUUGAUGCUGUGAAAGAAGAUGUCAAUCUUUCAGAAUGCAGUGGGAAAAGGUUUGCUGUUGACCUAAGUGCGUGGAUCGUGCAGUGUUCCUCUUCUGUCACCGCUCCCCGUGUGCCAAGCCCAGACUUCUGUCGCAGGAACAUUUUUCAUAGAUCCUUGAAUUUAGUGACUUAUGGUAUUUCCCUGGUGUUUGUUAUGGAUGGACCCGUGGCACCACUUCUGAAAAAGAGAAAGAGAGGUCAAGAAUAUUAUAAGUCCGCUCUCCAGUACAAGGAGCUCCUUACUGCAAUGGGAUUCCCAGUCAUAGAUUCUGUAGGAGAAGCUGAGAAAAUGUGUGCUGAAUUGGAUCGCAUGAAGGUUGUUGAUGGAGUCUUGACUGAAGAUGGAGAUGCUCUCAUUUAUGGCGCUCAAAAUGUCUACAAAGGAUUGUUCAAAGAGAGUAAUAAGGAAUAUACAGCAACAAAGUAUUCAAUGUCUGACAUCACCGCUCGGCUUGGACUCACGCAAAAAGACUUAAUUGCUUUUGCGCUACUGAGCAAAGGAGACUUUUGUGAUGGAGUGCCAGGAAUUGGAAAGAGCAAAUUUAUUGACCUUGUCAAGGAAAUGAAGAAAAAUAAUGUUGAAGAUGUUUUAGACAGGCUCUUGUUGUGGAAAGACAAUGAAAGGCUAUCUGCCCUUGAAGACUUGCAAAGAUCUUUGAAAGGAAUACGCAAAUCCAAGCAUUGUACUAAAUGCCAUCAUGAAGGGCUGAUGUCUGCUCAUGGAAAAUCAGGAUGUGAAACCUGCCAGCUGAAUGUUGAUUGCAGAGAAAGAAAUGAGUGGAAGGCAGAGAGCGGAGAGAAGUAUCCGGAGUGCCCAUGUAAUUACCACAAGAAGGAGGCUGAAAUAAUGCCGUAUCAAACAGAACUGAAAAUUCGUGCUACGGCUCUUUCAGUUAAACAGUUCCCGGAGCAAGGGGUUAAAGAAGAAUAUUUGAAUUGCAUUCAAGAUAUUAGAGGUGAAUUGAACACGACAAUGCAAUUGCCAGACUUCAAAGCGGUGUGUGACAGAAUGUCAGGAAACUUUCCAUCAGCAGCAUCGACAUUAUCGCACAUGCUUCCUGCCUACACCAUGUUAGCUUUGCAUGGAAAGUUGGCAGAUAUGGAGAUAAAACCUUUGAGUAUUAUCAAAUCUUGUGUGAAAAACUUCAGACCACAGUUCAGAGUCAACUGGGAAAAAUCAGGCAUAAAAAAUUUACCAAGUGGUGACAGCUCUUCAUAUGAGUUCAAGGUCCCUGCUCCACUCUUUGAAAAGAAGUAUCCAGCUCUGGUAAAACAAUACAAUUCGAACUCCAAAAAAUCUUCCCAAACCGGAGCUGCAGAAACAGGGAAAAGGAAAGGAAAAGUUGAAGAAGGCAACAAGAGAGUCACGGAUUUCUUUCAAGUUGUCAAGAGCCAAAAAACAAGGGAAACAAAAGACUAAUGACACUUGAACAUACUUACAUGAAUAUUAUAGCUUACAACUGUUUGAUUUACUCAAAAUAUAGAAUCUAUUGCUCAUUAAUUUAUAAUCUAUACAUUAGGGAUGGGAUUGCAAGUGUGAUUUGAUACCCUGGUAAUACCUGGGUAAUGAAAAAAACACCUGAGUACCCGUCGGGUACCUGACUUUUCAAUUGUAAUUUUUUUGGGGGUAGGAUGAAUUUUCUUCUUCCUUUUUUUUUGUUUGGUGCUUUUUUUUGGUUGUUUUUUUCUGUUUUGUUUUCUUUCUUUCUUUCUUUUCUAAAACUUUAAUUUUAUAUUAAAAAUCAACACAAAUUAGACGCAACAAAAUAAGCGUACGCGAAAAUGGGGAAUUCAAGACAAUGAGUCUAACAGAACUCUCUAUGAAGCCAACGACUUAAUGACAUAAGCAAAAGACAAGGAAGACAGACAAAACAUAUUACACAUGCUGGACUGGUAAAAAGGGGGCCAAUCAUCAAAAAUUUUUGUUUAAACACAAAAGUUUGUCCACAUGUUUUUCGCCAUGGCAGGUCCUCUUUAUUGAAAUCAAUUCACCAGCCUUGGGGAACAGCCGUUCUGACGAGGCAAUUGUUGCUGGAAUAGCCAAAAGCUGUAUAGCUUCCUGACUGAGUUCCGGAAAGGCUUUUUCAUAUUGACUCCACCAGGUCAGUGGAUUGUCCUCUCCCCUUCUGGCUAGGGGCAUCUCAAAGUACCGAUUCAGUUGGACUGUGGCACUUGUUUGUGACAGAGAUGUUUGCCUAUGCUCCUCUUCUUGCUCGUCGAAUGCUUGCCACAAUGAUUUUUUUGCUGGAGGUUCUGUUUCAGCAGCUUAAACCGAUGAUUGAUGAUGAGCCUGGUGUUUGAUCGGGUCUGUCACCUUGUUUGUCUCUAAUCAGUGAAAGAAGGCAAGUUUCUAUUUUUUUUAGUUGCACCUUCACUGAAAGGAAGCCAUUUCUAACAGGGGUCGAGGAUAGUUGAUGCAGCCUCAUAAUACGUGUCCUCGAGUUCUGUGAAGCUCACUCUAUAUUAAAAAAACUGCCAGUGGCCAAUAUCGAUCGAGUAUUGUAUCGAAGAAGAGAGCCCAGUGUUAAUAGGUACUCAGUAUUUAUUAAGGUCUGAACGAAGGGAUGUAAUUUAAGUGCAUUUGCAUAGGAUUUAACAAAGGAGAGUAGACAAUCCGUGUACCGGACACCAAUACCCGAAUAUCAGGUUUUUAGCUCUUUACCUGGGUACCCGGGUCCAAGUACUUGCCCAGCCCUACUAUACAUGUGUAUUGUAAACAUGUCUUCAUCCAUAAAAUGUACUGGCCAUGAAACAGAAGCAUUUUGUUUUCUCAUUUCCCUUUAAAAAUACCCAAUGCUUCCUGCUGCUAUGAACGUAUAUGUACUUUUGAAUGUCAAACUGACCCUGUGCAGUUGGUUAGUCUUUAUAUUCAUGAUCUUAUGUGUUGUAUGUGUUAAGGAAAAUAACACAUGUUCUCAUUUUUAUCACUUUACAGUUGACUUGGUAUUGGAUACCUAAGGUGAAACUGAAUUCUUUUACAACAUUUUAUAUAUCUAUAUAUGUAUAUAUGUAAUAUUUGUAAAUUUUUAAUACAAAAAAUUACUAGAUCUAUGAAAUUUACAUCGUUUAAUGUCAUAAUUACAUCUCAGCAAAAAAAUGAAGGGAAAACCGUGAUCGCUGAUGUCUGUAACAAAAAUCUGUCACUUGGUGAUAAAUUCAUUUAUUGUAAUCAUUACUUCAUAUUAUAUUCCAAGUUUUUUAAAAUGAUGUUGUCAAAAUUUCAUUGUAUUUUGUACUUUGGAAAUAAAAAAUAUUGUGAUAUAUCGCCA